AUGAACUUUUAUAGAGACGCUACUUGGGUCCUGGAGUUUUUGGAGAAGGAAGAUGCUAAGGGUAAGAUCUCUGGAUCUAUGCAGAGUAUUGUUCUGAAGAGUUGUAAAAUUUACAAAGUUCAAAGCAACCCAAAACAUAUUUAUGCAGUCAUGGCGUCUUGCUGGAAGUACAAACCGUAUUUAGAGACGAUUAUGAAAAAAUCUGGUAUUCUGAACAACAUUCCAAAGAAGAAUGGGAAACCUAGAUUCGAGAGAUUGACAAUUCUAUUGUUGUGCCAUGAUUUACUGUUCUCCAAAAGUAAGCGAAUACAAAUGGGCAAACACCCUUUGAAAGAGUAUGUAUUGAAGUACAAGACUAGUUUGCGUAGUGAAAUGGUUAAAUUACAAGUUAAAAUGAAACUCAAAAGCUGGGGCGACCUUAUUAGCUCCCAAGAUGAUGCUAAUGAUAUCACUCCGGUGAGAUGGUUUCGUAUCAAUCCCAUUAGAACCCCACUAUCAAAGGGUGUCGAAGGUAUCUUAGAAGAAUUGGAGAAAAAAUUCCCAACCAGAGUUGACCAUUGGUCAAAAAUUGAACAAGGAACAAUUUAUCACGAUGAAUUUAUUCCAAAUUUAUUUGGGGUUCACACCAAGGAUAAAAUCACCUCUCAUGAAUUAUAUAAACAAGGUAAAAUCAUCAUUCAAGAUAGAGCCUCUUGUUUCCCAGCUCAUGUAUUAAAUCCUGGAAAAGAUGAUAUUGUUAUCGAUUCAUGUGCUGCUCCCGGUAAUAAAACUACUCAUACCGCUGCGUAUAUAUUAGGUGGACCUUCAAAGGACCAAAAAAUACAAAUACAUGCUUUCGAGAAAGAUCCAGAGAGAGCAAAAGUUUUACAAAAAAUGGUAAGAACUGCAGGCUGUGCACGUACAAUUGAAGUUAAUGUAGGUGAUUUUACUAAGAUCGCUACUCCAGAAAAAUUCAAGAACGUCACCGGCUUCAUUGUCGAUCCAAGUUGUUCUGGUAGUGGUAUAUUUGGUAGAAAGUUCAUCGAUACUCUAAACAAGAAAAAAGAAGGUGAAGAUGUUGAUGAAGAUGACGAAUCUGAGAGUAUACCAGUCGAACAAGAUGAAGAGUUUUCUAAGAAAGAUGAUUUAAAGACACGUCUAUCGAAGUUAGCCUCGUUUCAAUUUCAGGUUGUGAAACAUGCCAUGACCUUCCCUAAGGCAAGAAAACUAGUCUAUAGUACUUGUUCGAUUCACGCCGAAGAGAAUGAAAGAGUUGUAAUCGACUUGCUAUUAGACGAAACUAUUAAAAAAGCAGGAUGGAGAGUUGCAAAUAGAGAAAAGGUGAUCCCUACUUGGCCAAGAAGAGGAUGGGUUGAUGAAUUCAAAGAAGUUUUCAGAGAUGACGAAGAAAAAUGUAAAGAGAUUGCAGGAGGUUGCAUUAGAGCAUUACCAAAAGAAGAUGGUGGUAUCGGUUUUUUCGCUGUAUGUUUCGAACGUGAUAUUUGA